AUGGCCUCUGCGGCACGGAAACGGGGCCACGGCGGCUCUCCCCCGCUCCUGGCGGCGUCUGCGGAUCCAGGUGCCGUCGUUCCGAUCGGCUCUCGCCACAAGAAAGGUCGGGUUCUUUCAGCCCUACGGAAUUCUUCACUAGAAGCGCCGGACGACAGAAUCGAUCGGGACGAAUGGCCGGAGCUCUGGAGUUAUCUGGGAGCCGAAUGGCCGACAACAGCAGCAACACCGUAUCCUAUAGUAUAUGGAGACUCCAACGGGUGGGAGGCUACGGCUCGUUUGGAGCCGGAAUUGUUACUCCAUCACUUGCGCCGCUUCGUCUUUCCAGACGAAGUACUUGCUAGCUUGUCCGACACAGGUUUUGUACAGUGGACGGCGCUGUGGCGCCAGGAGUGCUUAUUAUCCGGGCUCCUAAAAUUCCGACAGCGAGUGACAGAGCUACCCACGGGUGUUUGGGUCGACCGAUGGAUUGCUCGAUCGCAGCAGCGCCUUUCGCCGUCUCUGCUGGCCCCUCUGAUUGACAAUUCCGACGAUUGGAGAAAGUUGCGAGGGAUUAACUAUGCGGGGGACGACAUUUUACGAUUGUGUGACCCGCACAGACGCGUCCGAAUGAGUCACCACCUCAUGUGUGCCAUCGUGUUCGACAACGAGAUUUUUGCGCUGACGGGGACUGGCGGAAAGCCAGUACGCCCUGCCGAGCAACUCCGUUGCCACUUUCGCUUACUUCGGACCAAUAGUACCUACAAGGAUACGUACUACCCAGACGGGGAUGCUCCGAUCGACUGGACUGCGCUCGUUCGCUAUUUUACUACUGCUUUGGCCCCGGCAGAGCAGAGGUUCCUCCUCGAGUACUAA